GACUUCCCGUAGUAUUUACAUGUAAGGUAGUCAACAUGGCGUCGGCUGAUUAGCCGGUUAGCUAAAUACACAUACGUUAUUUAAAAAAUUGCGGUUUCGAGGACAAAUUGAAGACCUGUAGUGGUAUAUUUUAAAUAACGAGGACUGACAUUAUGUCAUACUAUUUUUAAGGUGCCUGUGUUUUUGAGUUUUAAUUGGUAAAAUGGUCUUUCUCUUACCCAGAGUUUACACAGUCAGUUAGCUAGCACGGUUCUGUAGCCUUCAGCCGGUCUAAAGGGGGGCGUCCGGCGGUGUCAUGACGGAGGUGGAGGAGCUGCGGCCGGUCCCCCGGGAGCGGGCCAUCCUGGAGAGCUUCUUCACGCAGCUCGGCAUGUUUUCUUUCGACCGGGCAAAGGACUACGUGGAGAAGGAGAAGGACAACAGCAAGAGCGCCGGGGCCAUCUGGGCCGCUCUGCUGGCCGCUCUGGCUCACCUGGCUGCGGCGGAGAAAGCUUACCACAACAUGACAUUCCUGGGACAGAAGAUGGGUAAAUGUGAUGGUCCUGAAGGGGUGGGGGUUGAUGGAGCCCGGGAUAAGCCAGACUCUUGAAAUAGAUGGUCCAAGAGAGAUUACAGACUCCUUAUAACACAGUUCUGGAUUUUAAGGCGUUUUCACUUCUUUUUCUCUGUCUAGGGCACAUCAGACUGUGGUCUCUUGAACACCCAAACUACAACAAGUCAAAUUUGUUAAAUGCUUGUUCUUAUUCUGAAAAUGCAAGAAUGAUAUCACCUUUUUUCCACACAUAAAUCACUCUGGACCACAUCCUUAUCCUAUGCUCCAAUACUAAGACUUGUAAGAUCUUGUCCAAACUAUCCUUUAGAGCAGUGGUUCUCAACUGAUCUCACUCUGGGACCCACAUUUUACCAUGGUCCUUAAGUCGCGACCCACUUUUAUAAAAUUCAAACCAAGCAAAUUUAUUAAAAAACCUUUGAAGACUCAAAUCUUUAACAUAAAUACACCCAUUUUAUUGAGUAAAUUGCAUAUCAGAGCACAUGAACUGAGGAAGGCAACUACUGAAGUUGCUUGUACAGAAAAUGUCAAAUUGCACAAAAGAAAGGCCAAGAAAAAAACAAACAUGUAUUUUUACUGCAUUCAAGCCACAAUGAUAAGAAACUAAAGGAGGACCACAACAUAACGCGUGCCUUUCAAAAUAAGCUAUUUUUCAACAUGAAAGACAUGUCAAACAUCAGAUGUGCAUCAAAUAUUUACUUUUUUGACCAGCUGUUCGCGACCCAUCCAGAACGCGUCUGCGACCCACUUUUGGGUCGGGACCCACCAGUUGAGAACCACUGCUUUAGAGUGUAUAAACGUUUUUAAAAUACAGAGCCAGUUUUGAUCCUUUCAACUAAGGAUUUAGGUGAUUUUACCAGAGAUGGUCAGCAUUAUCAAGGGAUGAUUUAGGCCAAAAAAAGAGGAAAAAAGGUUUCAUAGUUUAGAUCUGGGAAGCUUAGUUAUUGGGCUUUUAGAUCAGUGCCUGUGCUACUAUGGUUUAGGUAGAAGAAAAGACUGUGAAAUUGCCCUUUCUUGCCUCCUCACACAUAAAUUAGAGGCCUGUGACUUGUCUCAUACCUCUGAGAAAUAUAAUGUACUUGAGUAAGAAAAGGCUCAAAGACAGCUAUGCAAAUUCAACACCAGAUGGCGCUGCCUCACAAGAAGCCUCCAAAAAAGUCAACCAUUUAAUGCUCAGAGUAUUUUAUGUCUUUUAAUUAAAACAUGUGUUUCUCAUACUCUCCCUCCGCAGGGGGUCAGUCCUUCUUCAGCCGCAAAGACUCCAUCCGAACCAUCUACACCUCCCUCUACAACGAGCUCAGGAAGGUGGUGUCCAUGGGGCGUCACAGCCAGCCGGGCUCCGCCUACCUGGAGGACCUGCUGUCUCACCUUUCAGAGCAGCUCUGCCACUUCACGCAGGCGCGGAUGGAGAUGGCCGACCUGUACGAGAAGCUGCACUCACUGGGCACCCAAAAGAGCAUCAACUCAGAGGAGCUGGUCACCACGCUGGAGGCCGUCCUGCACAAAUACAGCACCAAGUGUGUAACUGUUUGGAUCAUUUAAGUAUAGUCGAGGGUCCCAUAUUAAGGUGUUUGUUAUCGCUUUCCCCACUGCUUCCUGCUUUAGUCUGAUCCCUGAAGAGACAAAAGAAAUUAGCUUGUUAAAAACAUGAAGAACUUCUUUAGUUGAGAAUGACAUAUUGGGGUUGGGAGAGGAAAACUUUCUGCUUAAACGGCAAACACUUUAUUCUACCUUUCCCUGGGGGACAUGUCAGCAAAAAUGCAUCCUGCAACUGUAGCAGGAACAUAGUCACACGGUUGAGGUGUUGACAGAGCUGCAGCAGGUUGCAGUGUGACACACCGCACAUUACUGAAUCGACCGUGCACUGAGGGGUGAAGGUGAUGUUCUCAUCUGCAGACCUGGAGGAAGAUAUCGACCUUAAAACAAGCUGAGUUUGCUGUUAGGUUGAAGAAUAUCAAAUAUAUAUUUUUACCUGGGUGCUGUUUCUACUUCAGUUUGAAAGGACUUAGAGGUGAAAAUGUUUUUCUUUGGGUUUAAAGCUCCCACUUAAUUAUUUUUUCUUUUAUUCCAAGUGACUGGUCCAGAUUGCAAUUCUAAGAGUCUGACAACAUUACUGAAAGGAAAUCAAUAGAGAAGGACCUUUUCUAAAGCUUCUGUGAAGAGUUUUCAGCGGUAAUGACACAGACUAAAAAACUGUUUUCACAGCUUUGAAAACAAAGCUGCUCUCAGAUUCUUACUAAUCAAGGCAGCUGCUGUCUUCGCCUUUCUUUGUCUUUGCUUCCUAACUGCCUCUUCCUCGCUCCCUCAGGUUCCACCACCCGAUCCUGGGCCGUGUGGAGGAAAGCUUCCAGACAGAGGUGGAUGUGGUCACCCAGCUGCUGCGCUGCCAGGCUCAGAUCUCAGAGUGGCAUUUCCUGCCGUCUCUGCUCAGUCUUCACGGUGCCAACUCCAAGCUGACUGCCUGGGGUCAGCUGUUCCAGCGGCAGAAAGAAACCCGCAAACAUCUCUUCGGAAGUCAGUCACAGAAAACUGUGCAGCCUCCACACCUCUACACUUGGCUGCAGCGCUUUCAGGCAAUGCUCCUCGCCAAGUUCAGCUUCUACUUCCACGAAGCCCUGAGCAGGCAGACGGCACCCGCUGACAUGAGAGCCCUAACUGCCCGCACCACGCCAGACUAUCACGGCAAGAUCAGCUCCUUCAUCCGCAAACAUGAUGUCAGCAACGUGUCCCUGGUGUUUGACAACCGCGGGUUAGAAAGUUUCCAGGGACACGGGUACCACCACCCACACUCCUACAGAGAGGCACCGAAGGGCGUCGAGCAGUUCCCUGCAGUGGUGUCACUGCCAUCAGGGGAGCGGCCCCUCACUCAUUGGCCAAAUGUCAUCAUGAUGAUGGGGGACCGCGCCGCCGAGCUCAACACCCUAGAUAAAGUUGUCCACUUCUACGAUGAUAAAGUCCAGAGCACAUACUACCUGACCAGACCUGAGCCACACUUCACUCUGGUGGUGAUCUUUGAUGGCAGGAAGUCAGAGAAAGAGCUGCACAUCGCCGCCUUCCUGCAGGAAAUCUCCAGCUCUUUGAGGAACUCUAAACCCUUCAGUACCCUCAAACCAGGCUCAAAGGGCUGACACAUGGGCAAACCUGGUACUCUAAUAGUCAAUAAUUCUCUUAUAAUUUCCUGCAGAUACAUAAUCUGAUCAUGUUUGAGUUUUCUUCUAAUCCCCCCUUUUUGUGGUCCAACUUUUUUUGUUACUUUGAAUCUAAGUUUGCCAAAAACGUUCCCGACCAAAGACAAGCACAAUUUCAUUUCCUCUGUAAACCUGUUUGACUCUCUGAGUCCAAAGACAGACACAGACAGACAGACAGAAUGCUGCUGGUGCUUCAAGCAUUUCAUUAUUUAAAAUUGAUCUGGAUUUUAACUUCUUCAUUAAUAUUUUACAGUUUUUUUAUUUUUAAUCAUAGCUAAAAAUGACUGAGAUACAAUUUAAAUAAAGCUUUGAGAUGAUUAUACUUGUGUCCUUGUUUCCUUCAUGACGGAUGUUUUUACCUCUAAGAGAGGAGGACAGUCAAACUAGAAAUGUAUAAUUGGUUUGACUGAUAUCUUAUAUUUUAAUAAUUUUAAUCACUGAAAUACUGUUUUAAAGCUUCUCUUUUCAUUGUGGUGUAUUCACUUAUUCAGAGCCAGUCUGUACUGAAGACAGUCUUAGAGAAGAUGUGUUUCCUUUGCUGGGUUCUAAAACAUUUGUAUUUGCAUUUAAACAGUGAUACCUUCACUUAACUUGGUUUCUACUUGAACAGAGAUGUACUCACUGUAAGUAAUAUGCCUGAGUACCUUUUAACAAUGAUGCAUUUACUGACUCGAGUAAAUCCUACCGCAAUGCGUGCAAAUGACAAAGCAUUUAAUUACAGAAUUAUGAUUGUAUGCUCUUCACAUACAAUAAACCCUUCACAAAGUGGUGCAUGCACUUGCUUAAAGCCAGUACCUGCUUAGGGUUAUCUAGAAGGAGGUGCGUUCACUUGCUGAAAUAUAAAACAUACUUUGUGAUACAUUGACUUAUUAAACACACUUCAACCUUACUGUGAUGUGUUCACUUACCUUAAUUUAGCAACAAAACAAACUCCAAAUGCCUUUUCACACUGAUGCAUUCACUGACUUAUGUACAAGCUAGUUGCUAUGCAUGCUACUAAUAAUGUGUUUAAUCACUGAGAAACCUAUAUUACAGUGUGAACUCUUCAUGGUGAUGCAUUCACUUACUCAGGGCCAGUAUGUGCUUGAGACUAUCAGAUCAGAGAUGCAUUCACUUGCUAACAUACACCACUGUUUACUGCAGCACUGAUGCUUUUAACAACUUAUAUAAAAUCCUACUUACUGUUUACUUCAAACAGCUGCAUUCACUCAUGGGCGUACACAGAGUGCAUUUAAACACAGACCGACAAAAAUUUGCAUCAAUUAACAAACCAAAAAGUUUCGGAGGACAUAAAAAACUUUGAGAAGCCGGUAUUUUACAGAACACACCUGGAGGUUUAUUGAGUGUUCAAACGAAACAUUUAGCGACAUUUCAUUUAGAGAAAGGUUCCAUCAGUUAAUGACUUGGUUUCUAAUUUAUUCCGAUUUAUUUAUUAUAUAAAUACAACACAUUGAUACAAUCCAUUUGGCUAUAUGAGCUCGUCUUUAAGAAGCUCAGUUUUUCAAAUACGGCAACACUAACGGACAAAAACCAUUUCCUUUAUUAUGAAACACAUUCAAAGAAACCUCCCUUUUUGAGUUAAAAUGCACCAACAUGUUAUGAUGCUACAUGCCAAGUACACGAUCCUAUACAUCAAAGUGCAAUGUCACAAUGGGUUAAUGCUAGAAUUCAUAAUUCAGUUAAUCUACUAAACACUUUAUGAUUAUUUCAUUCAGAGUGCUGCUGCUCUUCGUUUCAGGACAUGCGUGAGUGGAUUCACAACUUCCCCCCCAAAAAAGACAAGGAUUAAAAAAAAGGCACUUUCACAUACACACACACACGCACAGACACAGAUGUGCACCCGUCUCUGCACGUCAGCUCUCAUUUGGAUCACCACACUCACAUCAGUUACCAGCCCGUUUGGAGGCCACAUUCAGUGUGCUGUUCAAGUGUUUUUACUAUUUUUUUUUUUGGGCGUUUACACACAAAGCCCCACCCUGUUAGCUUAUUGUGAAUUUAAGGUUAACUAGUGACUUCAGUGACUUCACAAGCAGGUAAACUAUUAUCCCAACACACACACACACACACACACACAUUCACGCACAUAGAAAGUGGCAUGCUUUUUGCACUCGUUUGUCCCCCCAAACUUGCACUCACGUGUUCUGGCACUCAAGGCAGGCAUGAAUAAUCUAUCAUCUAUCACUAUUCUAGUACUUCUGCACUUACAAGAGAGCAGAACAAGGGCAGGCAAGCAGGACACACACUCCUCUCUCUCUCUCAGACACACACACACACACACACACACACAGGAACAAAAUCAUACACCUACCAUCCCAGAAAAAGUUCUGUCCAAGCCCUCUCUCCACCUCCUAACUCACCCUGUUUGAAGCUCCAUCUGGGCGCAGGUUUUUUUUUUCUCCGAUAAACACAAGAAAAGGCUGUUGUUAAAAAAGUUGAGCGAGCCGCCGAAUGAGCAGCUGGCUGAACAUUCAAUAAGAUGGCUGAACAGUCGUUGAAAUACUGGAAACAUUCAGGUUUAAAUAAUGUGAGUUUGGUGUCACUGACGACCUCAGGAGGCGUUUCGUGGUUUGAGGUGUACAAGUGAGCUUAGCAGCUGAAACAUAAUAGAAAAAUAAAUUAUAAUCAGUCACACAGAUAUUGUUGAGACGUUGUUUUUUUUGUGUCCUCUCUUCUUCAUCGAGUCUCUCAUCAUAGAUACAGCAGCCGAUCGUGAUAGUCUCUAAAAAACCCCUUCAUCAACCUCUUCGUCUUCUUCUUCUUCUUCUUCUUCUUCUUCUUCUUCUACCGUCAUGACAGUACAGCCAACAUUCACGUCACUUAAAACUACAUUUUUACUGGAGCUGAACUACACUCCCCACGUUUCUUUCUUCAUAUACAGGACAGGAAGCUCCGCUCACUCCGCCCACGCUCGCUCCUGUGUCUCUUUAUCAGCAGUUCUUUUAGCUAACCUUUUGAUAAAUGCUUCGAUACAUGGAGAAAGUAAACUCCUACACACCAAGAGAGUACACACCAACCUGACGACACAUAAAUAUCAUGGCAUAUCAUAUCAUAGGUCAUGUCAUAUAUUAUAGUUAUUACUACAUUAAAACCCUUCUUGUCUUUCCUACCCUUUCUACCCUCAUAUGUUUUGAUUAUAAACACUAAGCAGUACCCUGAUCUCCUCUUCUGGCCCAUUUUUGGCCCGGGUAGGCCUGAUUUGGCCUUUUACAAUCGGCCUGGUUUGGCUCACAUGGUGCAGGAUUUGUCCAGCGGCGAAGGAAGAGGUGGGGUGCUGCUCUUGGGUGGGACCACGGGUUUGGGACGCAGAGCAGGAGGCCUCAAGGGAGCGCCGAUUCGGGCAGCUGCGACGGGUUUAAAGGAACCCAGGGCAUCAGGGGAAGGGUUGGUCGGCCUUGGAGGUCCAGGCGGAGGUCCAGGGAGUGGGCUGAUGGGGCUCAGAGGACUCAGGGGGCUUGGGGUGCCUGGUGUACCAGGGGUGCCAGGAGUCCCAGGGGUGCCAGGUGUCCCAGGGGUCCCGGGUGUACUCGGGGUGCUGUGGGGGGAGGGAGACUCGGAGGAGCAGGUGGUGAUGGGGCCGUUCUUCACCUGUUCCAGAGUGUCCAGCACCACGUCAGGAGCCGGCCGACAGCCCUGCCGCUCCAGCUGCCUGAGCUCCCCUAGAGCCACCGUCACCGUCUCCUCGAUGUCCUGAGAGAGGAGUGAGGAAGAGGAGGAGUGAAGAUGCAGCUUUUAUGGACAAAUGAAACAGAGGGGAGGUGUGUUCUGCCCGCCUGUGUGUUUACCUGUGCCAGUGUAUCAGGAUCCAUCCCUCUAGAUCGGAGGGAGUCGCUGAAACCGUGCUGCCCGCUGCUCGAGCGCCGGAUGGGUGUGUCCUCCGGCCUCCUGAGUGAAUCAUGUCGACUCACCGUCAUGGUCACGGCUGCAGCAGAGCGACGGCGGCGCUCCGGGCUGUCGAGGGGCGGAGUCAUGCCCUGCCCACGCCCCAGCAGCAGCUCCCUGGGACUGAAGUGACCCGUCACUGGCGGGGAACUCCGCUCCAUCACGCCUCCGUUACCAUGGCAGUGACUGUCGUUGGAGCGACCGAGGGGGCGGCGGAAUAAACCGUCAGUUCUCUUCCUCCUGUGACUGUUAAAAGAGAGGACAAACACACAGUCACUCAAGAUAAGUCUGUUUUAGAGGCAAAAAGUUCAGACUCUCUGCAGGUUAUGAUGAAUCCUUUUCAUACUUGGAAAACUAAGCUCACCACUUUAUUAAAAUACGCACCACAAAUCUCACAAACUUGCUGCCAAAGUAGACAAAGUGCAAGUUACAAAAUCUGUCUUCAAACUGUUUCAUGACCCAGUUUUAAUACACAAUAAUUCCAUUUUUAUGUACAUGGCGUGCAAAAGCGUCCAAAAGCGUGCAGACAGCGCCCUGGAGACAUUAAAACAGCGGUAUUCAUCAGUUGGCUGGGAAGCUGAAAGAGCUUGAACAAUAGAGGUUUAUUUUUACUCCUCUCCCCACUUUGAAACAUCUCCAGUCAACUCCUAUCAAAUACAGAAACUUUCAGAGGUUCUUAAAUAUGCAGCAGAGCUCCACAUACAUGAUGGCAUGCCAGCUCAGCGCUCAGUGUAGUGAUGCAAAAAAGCUGCAGUCAGCUGGGGAGGUUUGCGGCUGCUUCUGAGAGCACAGAAACUGGCUUGAGCACGCGAUGUGAGCAGAGAUGAGGGUUUUUGGCUGGUUAAGCAGGCAAGUUUCUUUUUGGAUUGCUUCAGCUGAUAGAAGAAAAGUGAUAUUUCCAGCCUGGGUCCUACACUGGUGUCCAAAUGUUGAACAGCUUGAUAAAAGUUUGGGAACUACUCCAGGAGAGAGCUUCGGCCUGCAGCCAUGAAGCGGGCUUAAACAGCUGCAUAUAAUCCUAAUAUCUGUCUGGUAAUGUAAAUACUAGGGCCCGACCGGUAUGGGUUUUUGGGGCCAAUGCUAAUACCGAUUAUUAGGGGGGAAAAUUUUUUUUAUUGCCGAUCAAUCGGCCGAUUUUAAAUUUUUUUUUAUUAAGUUAUAAAAUAUAUAUAUAUACUGUAGAUAUCUGUAGAUGUCUACAGUACACCCCCCCGAUCGGUGCCUCUGCAUCUUAACUCGCGUUACUCAUUUCUGGUCCAGUCUCAUCUGGAGACAUACAGCUGCCUCAGCAAGAAAGUAGCUCGAUCAUGUAAUGUGUGCUGUUGUUUAUUCUACCGUUACACGGCUAACAGUGUAGCAAGGCUAAUGGCAGAUGGCUAACUCUACCUUUAGCUUGCGUAUUACGUGGUGCCUCACCGUUAACUCAGCGUGACUGAGACCGGCACACCGGGAAACAUGGUGAAGUGGGUUGAACUGAAACUUGUUGACUUAUUGUGUAUCUCAUGCGCCAUCUACUGGAUAAGUCGGGGGACUUUUCAAAUGGCAGAAUAUUUUUGAAGUGAAAUCGAAUCAUAUUCUCUGCAUUUUAUUUCUAAAAAAAUUUCGGUGAAAAUCGGCAAGUUUUGGCCGAUUACCAAUUAGUCUCAAACGGGCUAAAACUGGCCAAUUUAAUCAGCUCGCAGAUAAAUCGGUCGGGCUCGAGUAAAUAAAUCCACAUAAGUCUGAGUAGGAAGUUUAGGAUCCUUUGGUCAGACCCAAAGUAGCCUGUACAACACUCCCUAAUAACAAAAAGUAAAUAAAUUUAGAGUUUGGAGAUCAUAAUAAAGCAGCAAUACUGAUGUGUAAGCCAUUACAGCCUGUUUGUUUAACUUUCCAUACUGUUUCUUUUUUCUUUUUAGUCAUUCAGACUUUGUUAGUUUGUUUUUUUACAGAAGAGAGGCUGUUAUAGCAGUUCCUCAACUAUAACCAUUAAAGUCUGUUUCCCUGCUGCAGGCUGAAGCAACCUCCAAAACAUCACGUAUUCAUUCGCCAUUAAACCUCUUAUAUAAAAAAGUCUGUAUUAUAAAGAAUAGAUUUUAAAAUGUAGCAGCAAAAACUCUGUAUUCGAAUAAUGUACUUACUCCAAAACUUUCCUACCUUUUAGUCAAUUAGACACCAAAAUACCUCAGUAAUUGACUUUCAUUUAAUAUUUUAUGUGGCCUUAUAUGUAAGAAACUGUUUUUAAAGAUAUAAAGUGUGCCAUCUAUGCAUUAGCUUUCUAUACUUGGGUUUUGUGUGUCUGAAGAAGGAAAUGAGUCACAUGAGAAGCAGCUGUGAUGACACUCCGAUGACGUUCGCAGGUAUUUUUAGAGGUGAGAGAACAAGCUGUAAAAUGGUUUUUACAUUUCGUGCAGCAGAAACAAACCCUCCCUUUUUCUGCCGUGCCUUACAUGACAGACCUGUUAUAGGUUUCUGGUGGUCUGAUGUCGGUCGGGGAGCUCAGUUCACUCCUUGACCGCUUGUCAUCAGUGCUGCUGCUUCCUCCAUCGCUGUCUGCCUUGGUGCUGAGCGUGUCGGACAUGGCGUCAGUCCUGAAGACAGACAGCACACACUCUCAAUCAGGACAAAUCAGCGUGAGAGCAGGAGAGCUGAACCAACACAACACACCAAUCAUCAAUUAAGUGAUCAAUAGCAUGUGGUUAGUGAGUGUCUCAGUCCAUGAAGUCCGUUAAUCAACAAGGUGUGCAGCGCAGUCGGCCACAAAUCCACUCACAUCCAUCAGUGCGGCUCGUCAAUGAUUCAAAUGAGCCACUAAAGUUAAUGAGAACUUAAAGACAGCCUUUCAAGCUUUAACUCUGUUAUCUAUCAUUAUUUGUGGGUUUUUAAGAGCUUUAUUUGCUUUAAAACAAAAUCAUUUAGAUGGUUUAAUGAUCCAGUAACCAUACAUACUCUAUUUGUUUAAUUCAGCUUAACAUUUACAUAUUGUAAACAUGAAGAUAUUUAUGAAGCUUUCCCUGGAUUAUAACCCCAAAAAAAGGGUGCAUGAUAAGAUGCAUUGUAAACAGCUUGAGGAAGAUCAAACAGUCUUUGUAGAUAUGCAGUAAUCUGUGGAUCUUUUUGGAUGUAAUGUGUUUGGAUUAGCUUUAUAGAAUAAGAAAAAGCCAAAUCUGGUGGCAUACUCAAUGAAACACAUACUCAGUCUAUCUAAAUUUUAACACUGGGUAAAAACAUCAGCACCGUGAGUCUAAAAAUACAGAUAUUAGUGUUUCAGGUUACUUCACAGUUUAUGUAAAUUAAGGUUGUCAGGAUAUCAGAUUUUCACCACAUGAUUAUUGAUGCCAUGAAAUAUCGCAGUAACAAUAUUACAUUUCUAUGGAAAAUGAAAAUGAAACAACACAAUCAAAAAAUUGAGGAAGGUAAACAAGGACGGAG